UCUCCUAGAUUUAACCAGUCUUUCCCUUUCUUCUUCACACAUCACCAACACCAAACCCUCUUUUUUUCUUCUUCUACCUCCUCUUCCUCUCUCUCUCUCUCUCCCCCGGUGCUCAAAAUCUAAACUGCUUUUUGUUUGUUUUCCUCUCUCCACCACCACCGCCGCCGCCGCCACAACCACCAGAAUGGGAAAGGGCGGAUCUUUAAGCGAUAGCGUUCUGAAAAAGAUCCUACUCUCCUACACCUAUGUAGCAAUCUGGAUCUUUCUUUCAUUCACAGUCAUCGUUUACAACAAGUACAUCUUGGACAAAAAGAUGUACAAUUGGCCGUUUCCCAUUUCACUUACAAUGAUCCACAUGUCCUUUUGUGCUACUUUAGCUGUUCUCCUCAUCAAAGUCUUUAAACUUGUUGAACCUGUUACCAUGUCUCGUGAUCUUUACAUCUCUUCAGUUGUACCCAUUGGUGCCCUCUAUUCUCUCAGCCUUUGGCUGUCAAAUUCUGCUUACAUUUAUUUAUCAGUUUCUUUUAUUCAGAUGCUUAAAGCUUUGAUGCCUGUUGCUGUUUAUUCUAUUGGGGUUAUGCUUAAAAGAGAAAGCUUUAAGACUGAUACCAUGGUUAAUAUGUUGUCGAUCUCUCUUGGGGUCGCUGUUGCUGCUUAUGGUGAAGCUAGAUUUGAUAGUUGGGGUGUUCUUUUACAAUUGGGUGCUGUUGCUUUUGAAGCUACUAGAUUGGUAUUGAUCCAAAUCUUGCUUACUUCUAAGGGGAUCACCCUUAAUCCUAUUACUUCUCUUUAUUAUGUUGCUCCUUGUUGUUUGGUCUUCUUGUUUGUGCCUUGGAUUUUUGUUGAAUACCCAGUUUUGAAAGAGACCUCAAGUUUUCAUUUCGAUUUUGUUGUCUUUGGGACCAAUUCACUCUGUGCUUUCGCUUUGAAUCUUGCUGUGUUUUUGCUUGUGGGAAAGACUUCAGCUUUGACAAUGAAUGUCGCUGGUGUGGUUAAAGAUUGGCUGCUGAUCGCUUUCUCUUGGUCGGUUAUCAAGGAUACCGUUACCCCAAUUAACUUGUUUGGAUAUGGACUUGCAUUUUUGGGUGUAGCAUAUUACAAUCAUGCCAAAUUGCAAGCAUUGAAGGCUAAGGAGGCACAGAAGAAGUCCCAACAAGCUGAUGAGGAGGAAGCUGGAAGAUUGUUGGAGGAGAGGGAAGGAGAAGGAGCUGGGAAGAGAAGUGAAUCACAAGACUAAAUCUUAACUUUAAGAGAGAUAAUUUAGUUAUAAAAUUGGAUGGAGAGUAUUGGAAAUAAGAGCAGAAGGGAAGAUGUGGUGGUACCAGGGUUUGGUGUUGGGGGCAAAAGGAAGGGAAGGUGUCUCAGUUUUCUUUUGCUCAUUCCGGAAUGUUGUUUUUAGGUUUAUGCUUGUUAUGGAUGUUAGUUAUGGUAGGGCUUUGGGAUUUCUAUCUCAGAUGCCCUGUACUUUUAUUUUCUUUUCCUUUUUUUUUUUAAUCCUCUAUAUUACUCUUGCUCAUGUAGGAACCUUUUGUCAUUUAUGAACAAUUUAGUGCUUAUUUAUUCA